AUGGAUCUUGUUGAGCUUCUGCAAGUGCGACAGAAGACUCUGACAGCUCUGGCCACACAACUUAGUGCCGGCGCUCGGGAACCCUUCUGCUGGCACUCUUGCACCAUGAACUACGGAUCGUCGAAAAUCAAGAUUCGGAUCUUACCAGACCUGGACGAGAACGAUAUGCUGAAGGUCAGAGUGGAAUACCAGUUAGCGAUCAAAGCAGGGCAGCUGGGAAAGGAGGAUUGUAUGAUACCCCGUCUGGGAUGUGCACACCGGGCGGUCGAUCUGUGGCUCGCCAGCGUCUGUAACACAUAUGACGACUUUGGCUGGACGCCGUCGCAUGUAUCAACCUGCAGUCUAUGCAAUAGCACUUUGACAUGUCUCCGGAAAGGGCCGCUACGUGUGGGGGAGGGGUCAGGGCAAGCAGUAUACGACUUUUACGUCGAGAGAUGCCUCGGGAUUGGAAGCUUGUCCGUUCCAGACGACCAGUGGGCUUGUCAGAGGAGCCACCCUGUAGGGGACCGGAGAGCUGUCGGUGAUUGCGACGAACACUGCCCCUGGAGUCCCCACAAAUAUCACUUCCGCUCAUAG